AUGGUAGGGGCGGCUCUCUACCUUCGGAGAUGGUUUAGCAGAGACAGAGUCGGGAUGGAACACGAGGACUUUGUCUCUGCUUCCUUUUUCUCCUACGAGAUCAAGAGCUUCCAUCGCAUAACCUUCGACCAGCGCGAAAUUGUCGAGGCGAUGGUCGACAAGAACAUCGUAGGGUACGGCGGGUCCGGGACGGUCUACCGGAUCGAGCUCAACAACGGGGAGGAGGUCGCCGUGAAGAAGCUAUGGAGCCGGAAGAACAAGCACUGGGAUGACGACGGUGUCGUUCUGGACAAGGAGCUUAAAACUGAAGUCGAGACGUUGGGGAGUAUCCGCCACAAGAAUAUAGUGAAGUUGUAUUGCUAUUUCUCGAGUGCUGAUUGCAGUCUUCUUGUGUACGAAUACAUGCCGAACGGGAACCUCUGGGACGCCCUGCACAAGGAGAAGGUUGUCCUUGAUUGGCCGAUACGGCAUCAGGUUGCACUAGGGGUAGCUCAGGGACUGGCUUACCUCCACCACGACCUAAUGCCGCCCAUUAUUCACAGGGACAUUAAGUCAACUAAUAUCCUCUUGGAUGUUGACUACCAACCCAAGGUCGCGGACUUUGGCAUCGCCAAAGUCCUGCAGGCCAGGGGAUCAAUGGAGGCCACCACCACCGUCAUUGCAGGGACUUACGGCUACAUAGCGCCAGAAUAUGCAUUUUCGUCAAAGGCGACGACCAAGUGCGACGUGUACAGCUUCGGAGUGGUGCUGAUGGAGCUGAUAACGGGGAAGAAGCCGGUGGAGGCGGAGUUUGGAGAGAGCAAGAACAUUAUAUACUGGGUGUCGACGAAGGUGGAGACGAAGGAAGGGGCGAUGGAGGUGUUGGACGAGAGAAUCUCGGACUCGUACAAAGACGAGAUGAUCAAAGUGCUAAGGAUCGCCAUACGGUGCACGUGUGGAAGCGCAGCGCUGCGCCCCACGAUGAACGAGGUGGUGCAGCUGCUCAUGGAGGCGGACCCUUGCAGAUUCCGGUGCUGCACCAUUUCAAAUAAGGCGCCACCAACUAUCACCAUCACAAAGGACCAGUUCGAUUAG